UUUUUGAAAAGUUCCCGUCCUACUAAAAGCAAUAUGCAAAUCGCUUUGAUCGUGUCGUCCAUCGUGGUUUCCACCGCCGCCUCUGAUUGCGUGGCCGAGUAUGGACUAUGCGACACUGGCGCCCCGUGUUGCAAUGCCACCAGCACGUGCCAUGUCUUCAAAGACAACGUGGCCCAGUGCUUGCCGUCAUCAUCCACGCACGCCGUGCAUGUUCGCGAUGCUGCGUCCGGCCAGAACAAUGGUGCGUGUGCGACAACGUGGAGCCAAUGCAACGGCCAGAACUGGCCCGUUAACAGCGUGUGCUGCGCCAACGCUGGCGAUGAGUGCAUCAAGCACAACAACUACUACUCGCAAUGCAUCCCCAAGGCAGCUAAAACAUCCGUCACCACCACGAGUCCAACGGCAUCCCUUUCUUCUUCUAACGUCCAGUGCAGCGAAAACUGGAGCCAGUGCAAUGGCCAAAACUGGUCCACUGGCGUGUGCUGCAAGGACCCCUCUUUCCAAUGCCACCGCAAGUCCGAGUACGUGUCGGUGUGUGAGCCCAAGGACCCAAAGAAGGCUGCGGAAGCGUCUUGCACCAACGUGAGCGUCGUGGGCGAUGCCACGUACUGCGUACAAGGGGCCAUCUGUGGCGACCAAGGUGACGUGUGCCCCAAGAAGGGCGAGUACGCCGUCGACCGCUGCAUUCAAACGCUGGCUAGCUACGUUGGAGCCACAAAGUGUGUGGCACCUGUGGACGCCACGUGCCAGAAACUCCCCAGUGGCGCCCGCGGCUGCGUGUUUGGAGCUGUCCCUGCAGCUACCACCACCACCACCACUGACAUCCCAGCUACGACCACCGGCUCCCCGGCUACCACUGGUACUGCCAUCCCAGCUACCGCGGCAGUCAACAACGGCGGCAAGUGCAGCACCAACUGGAGUCAAUGCAACGGUCAGAAUUGGCCCUACAGUGUGUGCUGUGAAAACGCGGAUUUCCAAUGCAACCGCAAGAACGAGUACUUGUCGUUGUGCGAACCCAAACAACCUAAGAAGGAUGCCAGUGCUAGUUGCACCAACGUGAGCGUCGUAGGCGAUGCCACGUACUGCGUGCAAGGCAACAUCUGUGGUGACCAAGGCGACGUGUGCCCCAAGAAGGACGACCUUGCCGUGGGCGACUGCAUCCAAACCCUCAAGAGUUUCGUUGGAGCAACCUCCAAAUGUGUCGCCCCUGCGGACGCGGUGUGCCAGAAGCUCCCCAGUGGCGCCCGUGGCUGCGUGUUUAGCUCUGGCGCCCCGGCUACCACCACCGGCACCCCGGCUAACACCACUAGCGCCCCGGCUACCACGUCGGUGAACACCAACACUGGCAAGUGCAGCACCAAGUGGAGCCAAUGCAACGGUCAGAAUUGGCCCUAUGGGGUGUGCUGCGACGACGCUGCCUUUUCCUGCAACUACAAGAACCAGUACCUUUCGUUGUGCGAGCCCAAUGACCCCAAGAAGGCCGCCGGCGCCGCGUCGGGGGUUGUGGCUGUGUGGCAGCAAUGCGGGGGUAAGACGUACCAGGGCCCGACGCAAUGCUCGGCCGGCAACACGUGCGAAAUCAUCAACGACUGGUACGCCCAGUGUAAGCCGUCGCCCACCAAAGAAGGUGUCCUCGCCACGUGGGCGCGCUGCGGUGGCAUCGGCUACACCGGCCUCACCAAGUGCCGCGACGAAAACAAGUGCCUCAAGUACAACGACUACUACUCGCAAUGCGUCCCGUUGUAAUACUGACAACUUAACGGGAGUCUCUGUACCAUGGUGUGACCGCCGUUUGUAAGUUAACGUUAAGUACUAACUGUAUUUUCCACUGGUCA